GAAUCUCCAUUUCUCGUCGUGGAAAGCAAAGUCUCCGGCCACUUAAAUCUCCCCGAUGGUCGGAAACCCCCGGCAUAUCCUUCCAGUUCCUUCUGCUUGCUCACUGAUGUCUCACUUUGCUGAUCCCUUUACUCUUCCUCCAAGCUCCAAUCCAUCUUACUCCAUCGCUCUUCUUCUCCUCCGCCUUCUUCCACUCCCGAAGAAGUAGAAACCCCUCAUGAGAUCGCCGCCAUAGCCAUCUCCGGGAUCGAUGGAUUUCGUGGAGCUCGAAGCGAUCGAGGGCCUGCGGUGGUCAUGGAACUCCUGGCCCGCCUUCAAGGCCGAAUCAUCGGCCCUCGUGGUCCCCCUCAGCCUCAUGUGCACCCCUCUGAUGCCGUUCCCGGACCUCCCCCUACUCCCCUACGAGCCCCUCUCCUGCUCCCGCUGCGGCGGCGUCCUCAACCCCUACGCCCGCGUGGACCACCCUGCCCGGACCUGGGCCUGCCCCUUCUGCCUCCUCCGCAACCCCUUCCCCCGCUCCUACGGCGGCAUCGGGGAGCACAACCUCCCUGCCGAGCUCUUCCCCACCUAUAGCUCGGUCGAGUACGUCGGGCCCAGCUCGGCUUCGAAUCCGAGCGUUAGCUCCAAUUCGAUUGCCGGGUCUUCCUUAAACUCGAGUAGGAACCUGAACUCGGGCUCAAACCUGAGCCUUUACCACAAUUGGGGUGAUGUGUCGUCGCCCAGUUCGAGCUUGGGCAACGCCGAGGCUCCGUUUAGUAGGAAGGUAUCAAAUUGGGGGUCGGGCUUGAAUAUGGAGCGGAACCGGGUAAAUGGCUCGUCCUCGGCUUCGCUGCUCUCUGGGGUCUCAGUGUCCACUGGCAGUGGAGGAGGUGAUGUAGGUGUCCUGGGACCCGGCUUUGUGUUUGUUGUGGAUGUCUGUACUGUUGAGGAGGAGCUCAGGGCACUCAAGAGGGAGCUGCUGCUUGUAGUGGAGCAGUUGCCCGAGACUGCAUUGGUGGGGUUGGUCACGUUUGACUCAAUGGUGAGGGUUCACGAUCUCGGGUUCACGGAAUGUUCUCGUGUUGUGCUGUUUCAUGGGGAGCGUGAACUCUUGCCCGAGCAGAUUCACAAGUUCCUUGGAAUCAAUCCCAGGAAACAUCAGCAACCUGGAAAGUCUCCGACUGUUCAAAAGCAGGGCUACCUGCUCCCUUUGUUCGAAUGUGAGUUCAGCAUCACCACCGCAAUAGAAGAGAUCCAUUCUCUAGGAGGAACCACGCAGGGAACUCGCCCUCUGAGAUGCACCGGAGCAGCAAUAGCAGUUGCAAUUGGUCUCUUAGAAGUAUGCUUGACUAACAAUGGGUCCCGUGUCAUGGUCUUUGCUUCGGGGCCAGCAACUCUAGGGCCUGGGAUCGUCGUGGAUCCCGACUUUAGGCACUCCAUCAGAACUCACAGAGACCUCGCCAGUGGCCAGGCUCCACACUACACAAAAUCUGCUAGCUUCUACAGGAGGCUUCUAAAUAGAUUAAAGGAUGCUCCCAUAGUCGUUGAUUUGUUUGCUUGCUCUCUUGAUCAAGUCGGAGUAGCUGAAUUAAAACCUCUGGUUGAGUACUCAGGUGGGUUUGUGAUGAUUGGGGAAUCCUUUGAGUCCAGCGAGUUCAGAAAAUGCGUGAGGGAUGUUUUCAUUCGUGAUGGGAAAGGAAACCUGAGGAUGUUCUUUGAUGCAACAAUUGAGAUCAUUACCACCCGGGAUAUAAAGAUUUGUGGUGCUUUAGGACCAUGCGUCUCUCUUGGGAAGGGCAAUAGCCUUGUUAGUGAGAAUGCAGUCAUUGGGGAAGGCAGGACCUAUGUGUGGAAACUCAACGCUCUAACUAGUAAGACUUGCAUCGUAUUCUUCUUCCAAGUGGCCGAUGAAGAAAAUGUCCAACCUGGGUCUGCAUUCUGUAUCCAGAUCAUUACAAGAUAUAGAUAUGGGAAUCUAGGAACAAGGAAGAGAGUGACAACUGUUGCGAGAAGAUGGGUCUCAAAGAGUGCUUGUCCAGAGAUUGCUGCAGGCUUCGACCAGGAAGCAGCAGCUUCAGUGAUGGCCCGACUUGCAAUCCACCGGGCAGAGACAUGCCAUGCUCGGGAUGUGAUUAGGUGGUUGGAUGAUGCCCUAAUUCGAUUUGCUUCCAAGUUUGGGGACUACAUCCAAGAAGACCCUUCCACCUUUCGUCUGGCCUCAAACUUCUCAUUAUACCCUCAGUUCAUGUACUACCUAAGGAGGUCUCAGUUUAUCGAUGUCUUCAAUAGUUCCCCAGAUGAGACCACUUUCUUCCGGCUCAUGCUUAAUAGAGAAGGUGUUGUGGGCUCUCUCAUAAUGAUCCAGCCCACGCUCUUUCAAUACUCCUUUGACGGUCCGCCCGUUCCAGUCCUUCUAGACGUCCGGUCCAUUUCUCCUGAUGUAAUCUUGCUAUUCGAUUCCUACUUCUACGUGGUCAUCCAUUAUGGAUCCAAGAUUGCACAGUGGAGGAAGCUUGGGUAUGAGAAGGACCCAAGCCAUGAGAACCUGAGGAAGCUGCUUGAGGCCCCUGAGAUUGAUGCAGAACUAUUAAUCGCAGAGCGGGUCCCGCCCCCAAAGCUUAUUAAGUGUGACCAGCAUAGUAGUAAUGCAAGGUUUCUCCUUGCGAAGCUGAACCCUUCCGUGACCCAGAACUCGACAUACCAGGACGGUUCUGACAUAAUAUUUACGGACGAUUUAAGCCUGCAAGUUUUUAUAGAGCACUUGCAGGCUUUGGCAGUCCAAAGCUGAUUCUGUUUACUGGUUUUUCAUUCUCCUCUUUCACUUCUUUCCUUACUUUCGGGGUUUUGUGCUGAUUGUAUUUACCCGAAGAAAUUGUCAAAUAGUUUUCACUGUAAAGAGUUAGAUGUAGACAGGAUUAGUUUCUUGAUUUUCUCUUGAAUUUAGAAGCCAUUGUAGUAUUUGAUCUAAUUAGGAAUGCGAGGGCAGAGUGGUUUUGUAUGCUUUUGCAGAA